GGGCCCCGCGCCUUUUGUGUGGUGUUUGGGCUGCCGCGCGCGCUUUCCCCUCAGUCUCGACUCCUGGGCUGAGUUCGCGCGCGCGCGCGCGCGCGUACUCGCACGCUUGCCCGCCUCUCCGUCGACGGUCUCGCAGCCGCCCGCGCCCGCCCGGGGACUGCGCCCCGAGUCUCGGGCGGGCGCGCGCGCUCCCCCUCGGCCGGCGGGACCUGGACGGCGCUCGCCCCUUCCCCUUCUUCUCCCUUCCCCCCAACCCCCGGCGGCGCGCGCACACGGCGGCCCGGGUACGCGCCCGCCAAGAUGGCAGGGGCCGGGGCCCGGCUGUCAGGCGCCGCCGCCUCAGCCCGUCCCCGCAGCUAGCGGCCCUGAAGCCCGCCCCGAGAAGAUGAGCCCCCGCUGCCCCCCGCAGCCCAGCGAGACGCGGAGCCGCCGCGCCCGGGGCCGGCUGCCCCGCUAACGCCCCGCGCCCCGCGCCGCGCCCCCCGGCCCGCGCGCCCGCCCGCCCCGGCAGCGACAAUGAGUGAACAGAGUAUCUGCCAAGCCCGGGCUUCCGUGAUGGUCUACGAUGACACCAGUAAGAAAUGGGUACCAAUCAAGCCUGGCCAGCAGGGCUUCAGCCGGAUCAACAUCUACCACAACACUGCCAGCAACACCUUCAGAGUCGUCGGGGUCAAGCUUCAGGAUCAGCAGGUUGUGAUCAAUUAUUCAAUCGUGAAAGGGCUGAAGUACAAUCAGGCAACGCCAACCUUCCACCAGUGGCGAGAUGCCCGCCAGGUCUACGGUUUAAACUUUGCAAGUAAGGAAGAGGCGACCACGUUCUCAAACGCCAUGCUGUUUGCCCUGAACAUCAUGAAUUCCCAGGAAGGCGGCCCCUCCAGCCAGCGUCAGGUGCAGAAUGGCCCCUCUCCCGACGAGAUGGACAUCCAGAGAAGACAAGUGAUGGAGCAGCAGCAGCACCAACAGCGACAGGAGUCUCUCGAGAGAAGAACCUCGGCCACAGGACCCAGCCUCCCGCCGGGGCACCCCUCCUCUGCGGCCAGCGCCCCCCUCUCGUGCAGCGGCCCUCCACCCCCACCCCCACCCCCCGUCCCACCACCACCCACGGGGGCCACCCCCCCGCCCCCGCCCCCACUGCCGGCCGGAGGAGCCCAGGGCGCCAGCCACGAUGAGAGCUCCGUGUCCGGCCUGGCCGCCGCCCUGGCUGGGGCCAAGCUGAGACGAGUGCAGCGGCCAGAAGAUGCGUCCGGAGGCUCCAGUCCCAGCGGGCCCUCAAAGUCUGACGCCAACCGGGCCAGCAGUGGGGGUGGUGGAGGAGGCCUCAUGGAAGAGAUGAACAAGCUGCUGGCCAAGAGGAGAAAAGCAGCCUCCCAGACAGACAAGCCGGCUGACAAGAAGGAAGACGAAAGCCAAACAGAAGAGCCCAGCACCUCUCCAUCUCCGGGGACCCGAGCAGCCAGUCAGCAGCCCCCCAGCUCAUCAGAGGCCAGCCGGAAGCCCUGGGAGCGGAGCGGCUCAGCGGAGAAGCCCGUGUCCUCCUUGCUGUCCAGAACCCCAUCUGUGGCCAAGAGCCCCGAAGCUAAGAGCCCCCUGCAGUCACAGCCUCACUCUAGGAUGAAGCCAGCGGGGAGUGUCAACGACGUGGCCCUGGAUGCCUUAGAUUUGGACCGGAUGAAACAGGAGAUCCUCGAGGAGGUGGUCCGGGAGCUUCACAAAGUGAAGGAGGAGAUCAUCGAUGCCCACUCCGGCCUCCCAGUUCUCUGGUUGGGCAGACUGAGGCGGCCCAGACAGAUUAAGGAGCUUGUCCAAGUGUGAGCACGUGCUCGCGGUCUGCGCCCCGGUCUGACUCUCCUGGGCUCCCUCCCAGAUGAGUCGGAGGCGGGGAGGGGUGCAUUCACCAGUUCAGAGCAGCUUUGAACCAUCUGCUCUUUAUCUUAGUAUCCCGUGGACUUAGAUCACUGUUUUUAUUCUGCUGCUUCCGAUCCCCGGGUUUGGGGCUACAAGGGCAACUGCUGCCUUCCCAGAGGCUAGAGGGCCCCAGAAGCCACAGAACUACCUAAGGGCCUGACCGAGUCCACCGCCUGCUGGGUGCAGUGAAUCACAUCCAUUCGUCCAUUCCCCACUGGAGCCUUUGAAACGGCUGGCUCAGAUCUGGGGCCAGAGGAAAAGGAAAGGUGUGGGCCAGGCUGGCUGAGCCCCAGAGCAGGGAGGCGCGGUCCGGGCGCCCCCCCCCCCCCCCGCCCCACCCCAUCACGAGUGGGGGACUCUGGAGAGAGGAGAGCGGCUGGGAGCCAGCAGACCCGGACCCCUGCCUGGGGCUGGGUGAUCGGCCACACCCUGUCCUUGAUCCAGCGGCAAGCGCUCAACUUCCUGUUGGUCCAGUCCCCUGCCAGGCUGGGAUGGGCAGAUAAGCAGUUAAUGAAUGAAGAGGGGAGACAGAGCGGGAGCCAAAAAGAGACACACAGGCCAACUGUUAACCCCACUUUAUUGCUGGGCACCCCUGCCUCGGGAGGCCAUGGGCCGGAGGGGGGUGGGGCGGACUGGGGGCGCCUCGGUCUCCACCUGCUAUAGCGGCCGCAGUGGACACGGCCCCUCGCGCGGGCAGCUAAGGGACUGAGACCCUCUCCUGUCCUGUC